CUCAGCGAUAUCAGCAACCAAACAGAGAGGAGGCACCUCAGACACUCAUGCAAGACAACAAGAAAGUAGGAUUUGUUUUUCAGCCCAUUUGUUGUGGAUUAAUCUCUUCUGGACGUUUUGCUCUUGGAGAUUUUGUUCCUCCUGGUGUUGCAUCAUUUUACCACCAGAUGAGACACAGGAAUAUUCACAGUCUGUAGAGGACCAGAGGAUCGGGGAUGCUGUGCAUAAAGUGAGGAGCCCUUAAUCAUCAACAGCUUCGCUCCUGAUACAAGCAGGGCUCGCUCAUCCUCUGCACUGCAGCACAGUAAGCUCAGCCGGUGCUCUGAUCCUCUGACACAGGCUCCCUCCUCUGUAAAGAUCGGAGCAAAAGGAGAAGGAGCUUUUUGGGGGAGAAGCAGGUGGAUGUGCAGGGUGGCUGGAAAGCAGGAGCAGGCAGGGGGGGCAGGGGGGGUGGCAGAGCUAGCCGAGGAUGGGAGCCAACGAGUCCAUGGAGCAAGGACAGACCCCCUGUCCCUCUCAAGAACACAUGAGCUCAGACUCUGAUGGAGCGUUUGAGACCCCUGAAUCCACAACUCCAGUGAAGGCUGUUUCUCCUACAGAUCCCAAGACCCAACAGCUGACAUCUGAUGACAAAGAUACAGAAGGAAUAGCAGACACCUUAGUCAGUGAUCCUGGCUCUGACUUCACUUCAGGGGAACCACCCUGCCAUUCUCCGUCUACUACUUUUGAUGAAAACAAACCCAUUGCAGCCAGCGGCACAUACAACAUUGACCUUUUUGCUGCAGAUUCAACCAGUCACACACUGACUCGUUCCCUCAGCCUCCAGGGAGGAGAACUAGACUGUUCUGGUCUGUUGGACAGCUCCACAACAGGAGGUUUCCGACCACAUUCUGAAUCCUUCAGCGUUGGCACUGAGAGUGCCCCAGGGACACUCCACAGGCCCAAGAAAGUCCGUCCUGGGUCUGUAAAGAAGAAGCCUCUUCUCAGGCAGAACUCCAACCCAGAGAGUCCAAGACCAGCCUCAUCCAGCAGCACCCCAGAGAUCAAGAAGCGGGCAAAGCCUCGAACUGCCAGUCCUCUCCAGGCUCAGGAGGAAACAGAAGGAGGAACUGCAACACCGAGCCCUGGAGGAACCCUCCGAAGGACCAGGAAGAGCCGUGUCGAAACUCCACCUCCUCUCCCAGAGGAGACCAAUCAUACCAGCCAAGAGGAGAGCCUUGCCAUCCCUGCCUUACCCUUGUGCCACGAGGAGACACCUCUUCCUGGUAGUUUAACGGACAAAGAGGAAUCCCCCAUCCCCCCUAGUGCCACCUACAAAUGGGAUCCAGAUAAUUUUGAGAACAUCGACCCUUUCAAGACUGGAGGAAGUAAAAUUGCCAAUUCCCCUGUUCUGGGUCGUAAAGAUCCUGUGUGUGCCCCCAUUGCUGCCCCCGCAGAAAGUCCCCCUGUCCCUGCUGUGGAACCACGUCUUCCCAGUCCCACAGCCCCUCUUGAUGAGCCAAUCACCAACCCUGAAGAGCAGCCCAUUAUCCCCAAGCGUCAAUCAGUAAGGCUGGAGUUUGACUACUCUGAGGAGGGCAGUGAGGCAUCACACCAGGCCUCUCCCCCACCCAAGAAAGUGGGCAAGAAGCCCGGUGCCAAGAUGCCUCUGAGGAAACCAAAGCUGGGACUGAAGAAGGCCCCUCCACCGCAGACAGAGCAGCUGGACAACAAUCCUCCGGCAACCCACAAUGGCAAUGAGGAUGAAAUUCCUGUUUCUAAAGCAUCCUACAAUUUCAGUAGUGACAAGUGGGAUGAUCCAAAUUUCAAUCCAUUUACUUCUAAGAAAGGAAUCGCUAACUCCCCUAAACUGUCAAGGCCAUCUUAUAGCUUUGACCCCAACAACUUUGAUGACUCCAUAGACCCUUUCAAAUCCUCCAGCAAUGUGGCCAACUCCCCUCCUAAGGCCUCUGCUUCCUUUGAACUGUCAUCCAAUGACUAUGAAAAUGAAAAUGACAAUGACAACAUUGCAGAGCUGGAGGACCAAAAUCAAAACAAACCUGCCAAGAAGAAGAAAACUCCUAUCAAAUCUAAUACUUUCAGAGUGAAGAGGUCGCCAAAGAAAUCACCACUGUCUGACCUGUCCCAGGAUCCUACUGCAGAUGAACCUCCCUCCCACCCACAGGACGACCACGCCACAGAUGAGGAGAAGCUGGCCUCCUCCACCAGUCAUAAGUGGGCUGCUCCUCAUGACAUGGAUGCAGAUUUGAACUCUGACCAACAAGACUUCCCUCAGCCAUGUGACCUUACAUCCUUUGUUAAUGAGAACAGUCUCCCUGAUCAGACUCUAGGGCAAGACUAUGAAAUUGAAUACAUGGAGAAGAUUGGCUCCUCUUCACCUCCACUGUCUGUGAAGAAGCCAUCUUUGUACCUGAAGUUGGAUUCAGUGUCUGACAACUUAACCAAGACUACGUGUGCACAUGGAUCUGAGCCCAGCUCCCCCUGCACAGGGAGUUUUGAGGAGAUGGAGGCCCAGAUAACAGCAGGUAUGAAGACACCAGUGCUCAGCUCUCGUCCUGGUCCUGAGGGCUCUGCUGGAGAAAAAGGCAGGAAGAGAGAGAGCGAGUCACUCAGCCGAACACAGAGCACAGAGAGGGAUGAGCAGUCCCCUAGCCAGGGCCCCAUGGAGGCCCCUGCUCCUGCCCUGGCCAUGCCCCCGUUAGACAGGCUGUCUGAGUGUGACGACCCCCUGCAGUACCUGGAGCCUGACCUGGCUGAGACCAACCCCACAGCAUUCGCCCAAAAACUACAGGAGGAGCUGGUACUUGCUGCCCUGAGGAUAGAGGCUCUGCAGGUAGCCAAAAACAUCUCUCAGUGUCCCUCCCUCUCCACUGUAACCCCCCAGCAGCACAGAGACCUGUCAUCUCCAGUAGAGAGUGCUGUAUCCAAGAACUCACUGUAUGCCAGGACCACCACCUCCACCACCAGCUACAUCGAAGGAGAGAGUCCCCAUCUGCCCAGAGAUCUGGACCACUCACUGGGUAUUGCACGAGAAGAGAUUGUGACAAAGGAGAAAGAAGUGCUGGAGUGGCAGAGGAAGUAUGAAGACAGCCGUCAGGAAGUGGUGGAGAUGAGGAGAAUUGUUGCUGAAUAUGAGAGGACAAUUGCACAGAUGAUAGAGGAUGACCAAAAAGAGAAGUCUCUCUCCCACCACACUAUCCAGCAGCUGAUCAUGGAGAAGGACCAGGCCUUGGCCGACCUCAACUCUGUGGAAAAGUCUCUGGCUGACCUGUUCCGACGUUAUGAGAAGAUGAAGGAUGUACUGGAGGGCUUCCGCAAGAAUGAAGAGGUUCUGAAGAAGUGUGCUCAGGAGUAUCUGUCCAGAGUCCGUAAGGAGGAACAGCGAUAUCAAGCCUUGAAGAUUCAUGCAGAGGAGAAACUAGACAAGGCCAAUGCAGAGAUAGCUCAGGUGCGAGCCAAGGCCAAGCAGGAGCAGGCUGCCUACCAGGCCAGUCUGAGGAAGGAGCAGAUGAAAGUGGACUCUCUGGAACGCACUCUUGAGCAAAAGAACAAAGAGAUCGAGGAGUUGACAAAGAUCUGUGAUGAGCUGAUCGCCAAGAUGGGGAAGAGUUAGCAGCCAACCCACUCCCAGGCCAAAUCUCAAAGAACAGAGGAAUGGUGUUGGAAAAACUACUUGGAAAAUGAAGCAGAUCAGUCAUAUUUAUCACUCUUCCAUGGACUGAUCUAAGGCCAACGUGGUCUUUGGAUUUUAUUUCCUACUGACUUUGUGUAUAAAGGAUCCACAGGAAUGACUUCCUCUUAAUCACUCUGUACAUUUUUGAUGUGUCAAUGUAUUGUACUGUAUCAGGGGUCUGGUUUAAAGUUUUAGAAAAUGUACCAUAUCACUAAUGAGUGUGUCUGUGUGUGCGGGUGUGUGUAUGAUAAUGAGAAAGUGAGAGAGUAUUGUUUGUGGGUUAAAUUAUCUGUAAUGAUGUUGCCAUGACAGCCAUUGAGGGAGAAGACUGUUUACCCACUCCUGUUGUUGUCUCCUCUUUAUACAAGAGAAACAUAGACUUUGAAAAAGAGUUCCAGAGAGUUAGAUUCAUUCAUAAAAUGUUGAUACACCACUAAGAGAUCACAAACUAUCACAAUAGCUUAUUGCAUGUGUGAGAGAAAGAAAAACUUGUAAUGUUAAUGUUUGUAUAUACUGUAGGAAAUUCCAAGUAACUGCAUUUUUGAUAGUUAUUCUGUCAUCCUCAGUCCGCUUCCCUCAUGUAACCUUGUAGAUAUUUGUCAUACUUGUCAUAGCUUUCUUGAUGAAAUCGUGGGACUUUAUUUUUUGGAUUUUAUUUUGAUAUAAAGCAAACUAAUCGUGACUGUAUUCAGUUGUGACCAGGAGUAAUUUAAUUUUGGAUGGAUAUGUCAUAGUCCUGCUAUGGUCGUUGUGUCACACUGAGGAAUAACUUCUCUGCACAGCUACUGUACAGCAUCUGCUUACAAAGUGCAAUAAAAGAUGGCAAUACAGCA